UAUAUUUAUCACAUAUUAGUUAUGCUGCAUAUUUAUCAACAUUUAUCAAUGAAGGGUUGAAUAUAAUCAUAUAAUAUAUUGUCAUUUCAAUGAAAUAAGUUAGUGGUGAUGAUUGAUGAUGAAGUUACCGUUCCAUAUACUUAUAUCGCCGAUUAUGAAACCGUAUUUCGGUCACACUAAAUUAUUUUGUCAACAUCCUACAUUUUGUGCUAGUGUUUUCUACACAUAUUUUUACGGUGUUAUCGGUUUGUGCUUGAGUAUACAUCAUUUAAAACUUCAUUUAGGAGAAACGCCUUGUAAAGGUCCUAGUAUUUCAGUUCAAUAUUUUUCUCGAGAUGCGAUGUUAGUGCAUGAUCUUCAAAUUAUUGGAUCAUCUAUGGGAUUAGUACAAUAUGCGUGUCUGAUACUAGGAUGUUUCACUCUAAAUUCAACAAACACAGAAAGCAAUGACGGUGUCCGAGUUAAACUAAGGGCGUUGCUAGUAGCGCUUUUAGGCGUGUCUAUGUCCGCUUGCGCAUUCGCCUCACAACCGGUGGAAUUGGAGUUAGAUGAUGAUGACGUCGCUCAAAAACUCAACAAUGUCAGCUUUGCUAGGCGCAUAACAAAACCCACCAUAAGAUUAGUCAUAGGGUACGGGAAGUUGAGUGCCUUCGUCACCGCAGCUACAUCUCUAUUGCUACUGAUUGCCGUAAUGUCAAAGCGAUCUUGGUGGCGCCGAGGUGCGCGUUGGCUGGCCGCACCAGCGCUGCUCGUGACUGCGUUGGAAGCCGCUUCAGACGCGAGCGACGCCAUACUCGCCGCCCUGUUGCGAGGCUCGGUUGAACCAUUGAGAAUCGCGCUACAGACGGUAGCCGCUUGCCUGCUGAUCACCGUGGAGAUUUUGGUUUGGUUUUUUAUUGCAAAAUUUUUUGAAUACAAUCCAACUUUAACUGCGGACGAACCCAAGAAAGAUGUGGUGAUUGAACCAACUUCACAAUAAUACUACACUAAUUUUUCACGAUAUCAUAAUUUUUGAAUUAUUAAUACUCAAAAUAAACACACUU